CGGAAUGAAAGCAGCUUGCUUCCACACGCACUGCUCGUAACGGUGCGCACGGUACGGUUGCGUUCUGAAGUGUUAGUUCACGCACUUGGGCAGAAAUCACUAUUUAGGCGGCGACGGGCAACCAAUCACGAUAAAUAGUGCGCUGUGUGUAUGUGUGCGUGCGUAUUGUUAUUUUACCCGUUGUAUGUGGUUUUGAUAAGUUAAACAAAAAAGUAAUAACGGUUCCGUCGAGGCUUUUGUGUAGAUUUUUGUUCCCUUCUUCCAUCUUCAGCUUCGUUGAAGCGUUCUAUCCUUUUCUAUCGACUCGUACACUGACGGGUUCUGUGAUGCGUUCUCGCUCCUGCAACAACGGCCUGUGAUUUAUCCCCGUUCCUCUGUACCGUGUGCGUACAUUUGAUCGAAUGUGUGCGUGUGUGUGUGUGCGGAUUAAUGUGCCGUUUCCGUGAAUUAUCGUGCACUGUUGGUGGUGCGUCCGGGUUUUCACCGCAGAAAAGACAGUCCAGUUCGAUCGAUUUUGGGUUGCGAAACUGCAAUGGCGUAUUGGUGAGUGGUUCUGCUGUUGGCCACCAUUACCACCACUACUAGGUUGUUUUUUUUCUCUCCUGCCAACUCCGUCCAAACAUCUUAACGGAACGGGUGGGCAUGCGAGAUUAGCACCGUUCGCACUGUUCUACUUUCUGCUCUUCCUACCCCACGUCCUGCCCCAGUCCCCACCCGUUCUUGGUGCAACGCAUAAUCCGCUCAGGUUGCGGAGAAAGAGGUGAAAGGUGUAAGCCCCAUCAACCGUGACACCGAACGAAACCCGCAAAGGGCCAAUCAACCCGACCAAAACAGCAACCAACCAUCAAUCCGUAUGCACCAAGUGGAAGCCUACCUACCUGCCAGCCGAAUCAUUCCAGCGUAGGUUUGCCACCAUAUGAACGUAGCGUAAUCACAUAAGCCGGGUAGACCAAGAAAAGCAAUAGACGACACGCGCGUGUGUGUGUGUGUUGCAACACGGAACAUAAUUACUGAAGGAAGCAAAAAGGAUGUCCAGCUUGACUAAAUGCUCACGAACUUUCACCGGGAAGUAGGUGUGUAAAUAAAACGACACCAAAAUUCACCAUAAUAACAACACAACCCGUACACGAGCGCGCUUUCAUCGUCACCAUCAUACUUAAACUCCUACGCCGGUAAUGACACGCUAGCUAGGUCGCAGCAGGAAACGCAAUCAAUCGAUUUGCGAAAAUAAAACAAAGACAAAAAAAAACACGUCUGAGCGAAAUUGUUCCAACGGCAAAACACAUCUUUUCCCAAAACGACCGUACGGAAGCGGCACUAAAAAGGGGGAUAAAGUGCUACCUGAAGCGUUGGAAAAUCCCGGAAAGAAAGGCUAGAUACGAAGAAACGAACGCAUCAACCUGCGAGUGUCCUUCAACUCUACCUCAGCAAGAACAACCCUGCCCGGAAAAAAGGCAAGAGACAGAGCGUGAUAAAACGAGAAGUAAUAGAGAGAUAGAGAGAGAGAGAGAGAGGGAAAGAAAACGGGAACCAAAUACGGAUUGAAACGGGUUUUAUUGUGUAGUUGCGUGAAAGGAAGCUGCUAAAAAAUAACGUAAAGGCCUUACGGGACGAAGUUGUGCUGUCGUGAAUGUAUGCGACUGUCACCCGCAGCCUAUCCCGAAGCCAAGCAGCGCGUCUAGUAACGGUCAAGGUCGUACCGUGCGAAAACCCCACCGUAAGCGAAAGAGCAAGGACAUGUUACCCACGUACCAACGGGUAGGCAGCGGUACCGGCAACGGUGGUACGACGAAUGGGUCGGUUACCAAUCCGUUGCUCGGUCGGCGAUCGUUUCGAUCGCGGGAAAAAUGUCUCAUCCUGCUCGUCCUGUCCACGUUCGGGUUUGUCUGUUUCGGUGGCUUUUUCUUCCUGCCGGACAACUUCAGUGCGGACCGGGUGCUGAAAGCGUACAAACAGUUUCAGCGUGCCGGGCCGGAAAUUUUCAUACCGGCACCACCACCCGCCCACGGUCGUACCGGCGAGGAGGACAUCCACAAGCAGGACGAUCGGGUGAAGCUGCAGGAGAAGAUACGGAAAGAGCUGCCGGACGAUUUUCUCGAAAAGCCGGAUACGGGCGGCGGUGACGAUGGUGGUGGUGGUGGUGGAGGAGGAGGGGAAGAAACAGAUGGAGCCGGUGAGCAACGGGAGGGCGGUGGCCCGAUCGAUGAACCGGACCAAGCGAACCGGUUACCCGGCGGUGUUGGUGUGGUGGCCGGACCGGCCAUCGAAGGCCCGGACGGUGUUGUCCAGCCGCCCCAGAACGGGCUAGAGCAGGAGGACGGUCCGGAGCAGGAGCAGGUGGAUCGGCGCCACCAGGGAUCCCGGUCCCCGGCCGGGCUUAUCUUUAACGCGUCCGUCGGCGAAGAUCCGGACCAAGCUGUGCGGGAAAAGCGCAACAAAGUAAAGGAGAUGAUGGUGCACGCCUGGAGCAACUACAAGCUGUAUGCGUGGGGCAAAAAUGAACUCCGACCGCUGUCGAAGCGUGGCCACAGCAAUAGCAUCUUCGGCUCGUUUGAUCUCGGUGCCACGAUCGUGGACGGGCUGGACACGCUGUAUCUGAUGGGCCUGCACAAGGAGUUCGACGAGGGUCGCGAAUGGGUCGAGCGCAAGUUUACGCUCGACAACGUGGAUGCGGAACUGUCCGUGUUCGAGACGAACAUUCGCUUCAUCGGCGGUUUUCUCACCUGCUAUGCCUUCACCGGCGAUCGGCUGUUCCUCGAGAAGGCACGGUACGUUGCGGAUAAGCUGCUGCCCGCAUUCCAAACACCGACCGGUAUCCCGUACGCACUGGUUAACGUACACAAUGGGGUGAGCAAAAAUUAUGGCUGGGCUAGCGGUGGUAGCAGUAUUCUGUCCGAGUUCGGGACGCUUCACAUGGAGUUUGCCUACCUGAGCGAUAUCAGCGGCGACUCGGUAUAUCGGGAGCGCGUGCAAACGAUACGCGCUGUACUGAAGGACAUCGAAAAGCCGAAGGGUCUGUACCCGAACUAUCUUAACCCGAAAACGGGCAAAUGGGGCCAGCAGCAUAUGUCGCUCGGUGCGCUCGGCGAUAGCUUCUACGAGUACCUGCUGAAGGCGUGGAUCCAGUCCGGUCACGAGGAUUGGGAAGCGCGCGAAAUGUACGACGAGGCGAUGCAGUCAAUCAUAAAGCACAUGGUGCGGAACACACCGAGCGGUCUAACGUACGUGUCCGACAUGAAGUUCGACCGGCUCGAACACAAGAUGGAUCAUCUGGCGUGCUUUGCGGGUGGUCUUUUUGGGCUGGGCGGUACCUCUCUGAACAAUCAGUAUUCACAGCAGUACAUGGAGAUUGGCGAGGGUCUGACCAACACAUGCCACGAGAGCUACAUCCGUACGUAUACCCGGCUCGGUCCGGAAUCGUUCCGCUUCAACGAUGGCGUGGAGGCGAAGGCAUUGAAAGCCCAGGAAAAGUAUUACAUCCUGCGGCCGGAAACGUUUGAAAGUUACUUCAUCAUGUGGCGGUUAACGCACGAUCAAAAGUAUCGUGACUGGGGUUGGGAUGCGGUACAGGCACUUGAGAAACACUGUCGCACACCGACCGGCUACACCGGACUGAAGAACGUUUAUCUAACCGAACCGGUAAAGGAUGAUGUGCAGCAAAGUUUCUUCCUCGCCGAAACGCUGAAGUACCUCUAUUUGCUGUUUUCGGACGACUCACUGCUGCCUUUGGACGAUUGGGUUUUCAACACGGAAGCACAUCCAUUGCCGGUAAAGGAUCGAAAUCCGCUGUACCGUCCGGCUGCCGGUUCCAGCUCCCCGUAAGGACGGACGGACCGGUCCAACUUACCCUAGCUAGGUUGACAGUGAAUGUGUGGUAUAAUCACCACCAAGCACCAUCCACCAACGAACCAUCAUCGAUCGUGACCGCUCGUACGGCGCGCCACGAUUUAAAACACACUCACACCUACCUUAAACGCAAGAUUUCUUAUCCGUAUCACAAUAUCUAGGGCGGGUUAGUGAGCGGAUCCUUCACAGACUGGGAAAACGGUAAAACCACCCCACCCAAAAAAAAACGACCAGCAGAUUAGCUAUUCUUUUUCCUGACGAAAUGAAUUUUAAGCUCCAUUAACCCACGCAGACACACACACACAUACAAGCAAUAAUAGGGAUAAUCUUGCGCGAAACGCUAAACAUCCUUUUAGAGCAGACAUGUCAAACAUACUGAGAAGAGGUCCACAGAGAAACUUGCAGAGAGACAUAUGACCUUUAGUUGUCGGUUCACAUACUUAGAGGUUCUUGAGUACACACGAGGUAGCGCAGGAGGGCCCAGGAAGCUGGACUUUUGUGCCGUAUCGUGAAACACUUCUACAAAGGAAGAAGAAGAAGAAGAACAAGAGAAAAUUGCAGAGAAACCUGAUAAUAUGACUAGGGGAAAAAAACCCGGAUGUGAUAGAUUUAUUUCCGGGCCCCUAAGUAGGUUGCUAAUAGGGCAAAUGAGCUAAAAAGGAGUUUAAUAUCCCUUUACGGACCAUGAAAAGUGCGGCCGUGUGAUGCGUGUUGUGUGCUGAAAGGAAAAGCAAAUGGAUGAUUGCCUGCAGUUAACGUGCCAAUAUGGUGUGAGGGUGUUCGAGAAGGAAACGGGACGGAUGAAACGGGGUGUUCUGCUGUCCCUCCGUUCACUGGCAGGUUGCCGUUAGGGCGUGUUAAGGGUGUUAAAGGCUAGCGAAAGUCGUGACCAACAGGUUUAAACACACAGCCAUCCCAUACGUCUCCCUCGUUAGGGCUUAGAACGUCAAAGGAUUACCCCGUACCUUGAUAUAUUCCCGCAUUAUCAUCUAUCCGGAAAUCAGAGGUAAGCAGCAAAGUCGUUUGUUAAUUGAUAACUUUUUCUAAGUAUGCCUUUAGUUUCCCCUUACUUUACCUGUUUUUGGAUACGGUGUUGAUAUUUAUAUGUUGAACCAACAACGGUUUGUGAACCUUCAUUGUGAUUAUCGGUGUCGGUUGUUGCGGGAGAAAAAAAAACACCGCGUAGACACAGACACCGAGAGAUAAGCCAUGCGCGUGUGCUGCACUGUUACGAGUCGAAAUACACGCUGCUCGCGAAUAAGCUAAUCGACAAAAUGGCACCCUCUGCUAUAUCUACACAAUGCACACCCGUACACAGACACAUCCUAACUUUAGUAGCGUGAGCCAAGGAAGAGGAGGACGCGAGAAGGGAGUGUUUCACGAAGGGUUAGAUGGUUGGGUAUUAUUUUGUGUACAUCCUUAGCGCACCUUCCAAUACACUUAGAUAUUGUAGGUAGGGGGUUUCUAGAAAGAAGGACUAGCAGAAACUCGUACCCAAUAGCAGAAACGCACCAGGUAAGCAAAAUGGGCGACACACUCUUUACGAAAUUGGUAGGAAUCUAGUAGUGGAUUUAUAGUGAUAAAGACACAGCCGAGAGACUGGUACGGUCUUGAUCUUUCGCUUACUGUAGCAAUCGUACUAUUUUAUGGUUCUUUCCUAACAACAACACGAUGGAAUAUAAUAUAACCAGUCGUACAAGGGGGUAAAGGCUACUCUUCCACACGACCGAAUACGACCAGCAACAGAGACACUCACCUAAUUUGAACAUAAAGAAGCGAUAGAGAAAAAGAGAGAAAGAGAAAGAAGGGCACCAUACAAUGGAGAAGGAAAGCAAAUAAGAAGAGUGAUAGAUGUUUGUUUUUUGGUUGUUUUAUUAUUUAUGUAGAAUUAAGAAACUUUAUUCUUCCAAACUGUUUCAACUUUUUUAAAAAUUUUGUUUUUAAUUUUUGAUAUGUUGUGUGCGCUUAACAAUGGGCAAAAUGAUAAAUUUGUCGUACCGAAAACGUGAAGCGAAGAUGGAGCACCAUUUGUUGUACAUAGAGUGUCCGUGUGUGCGUGUGUGUGUGUGUGUGUAGGUGCCUGGAUAUUUUAAAUAACGUGUGUUUUACACCAUCCUCUCUACUUUGCUUUGGGUUUUAAAUUAUUUGUUUCUCCUGCCUUUUCUCUCUUUCUCUCUCAUUCUCGUAUGGUGUGUAAAUUGCAAGUAAAAAGAAGAAACCCCUUUAAAUAAGAUGUAGAAAAAAGCUAGGGUUUAGAAUGGGUCAACCUUUUUUUUUAUUGAAGUCUGGACAUUUGUGAAAACAUUUCGAGAAAAAAAUACACACACCCACACACGCAAAAACGAGAAAUGAAUUUGUAGAGAUAAAAAUGCAAAACAAAAAACACAUUAACUAGCAAUGAUUUAGUGCUGUUAGUUAUAAUAGAAAUAUCUAUAUUUAAAUAUAUAUAAAAAAAUAUAUAUAUUUAGAUAUAACGUGCAUUAAACACUCUUCUAUAUCUUAAACGUAAUGAUAAUUAAAAUUAUAACUAAAACAAAAUGAUAUAGGAUAGUUCGAAUAUACUGUUGGUUCACAAUCGUUAGUAGUAAAAUGAGGGGUUUAAAUAAAUUAAAUAAUUGUGGGCAAGUAAUGGCGCGACUGGGGCAGCGUGUGUCUCGUAUCCGGAUGUGGUGUGAUCGGGAUGGAGCGAGCGCUAGUAAACACAAGGACAAACAGUAAAAGAAACCAAACGCAAGCGCAACUACCAGAAUAGUAGAAAAUAUACAAGAAUAGGGAUGCAGUAAAGGCGCGAAAGCAUUAGCAUAUUAGUGCAAACAAGCAAGGUAUAACAAAUAAAUCGGAGAAUUAAACAAAUAUAACAAUCAAA